CGAAGCAUCCAUCGUUCUGGUCUCUAGCAGCUGAGCCGGACCAACAGAAUUCGUAUCUUCGACGAAGAUCUUUUUCAAAAGUAGACCGAUGCAUUGCACAUUCAGUCCAUUCUAGAAGUGUAUACUGAACGUUUGCGAAGGAGUGGGGAUGGAGAUGGAAGAACUUCUUCCGGAGACGGCUAUUUAGUCGAUGCAUAGUAAGCUCCGUUGGUCAGUAGUGAUUAAGCGAACGCUGCAAAACAACUGCUGUGAAAGAUGUCUGUCAAUGAGAAAUUCCAGACAGCAGUGGACGGUGUGAAACUUCUCACUAAACGUCCCACAGACCAAGAAUUUUUAGAACUUUACGGAUUGUAUAAACAAGCGACCGAGGGCAACGUCAAUACGUCUAGACCCGGUAUGUUGGAAUUGAAGGCAAAAGCGAAAUGGGACGCGUGGAAGUCGAAGGAGGACAUGUCGCAAAACGAUGCAAAAGAAGCAUAUGUUAAAUUAGUUGAAAAGUUGACGGCAAAAUAUAAAUAAAACGCAUAAUUGUUAUGUUAAUGUUAUAGUGGAUACAGGGUUGCCAAUGCAUAGCAGAACGAGACACAAGAAUUACUUGAAGAGGAAAGUUAAGAACAUGGUUAUGAAUGAGAAAUGUUGAUUGACUUUUUAAUUACAAAAUAUAGUGAAAUAUUUUCAAGUAAA